AUGGUUGGAAUAAAUGAACCUAAGUUGAACAUAACUUUACAUUGUUCUAUUACUGGACUUUAUUGUUAUAGAUUACAAAAUGAAAAUCAAAGGAUCACUGUAGCUAAACUUACUCUUCCAGAUAUUUCAGAUAAUGAUUCAAAAUCGAUAAAUGUUACAAGUGAAACCCAUCCAGUUGCUACUGAAACAGAUAAUACAUGUGACUUGAUGAAUAAUGAUCAAGAUGCAAUUUCCAGUGAUACUAGUGUUGAUGAUUCUAGUAUUUCUAGUGAUGCUUUUGAUUCAAAUAAAA